UGUGUUGUUCCCAUAAUGCCCCUCUCUUUUUCCCUUGCAAGCGUCGGCAGUUUCUUUUGUAGGAUUGUGAGGAACAAAACUACUCAUAAGGAACACCCAAGAGGAGGGAAUUUGAAGGGCCCCUCUCUCACUCAACCCUGUCAAAGGUGUCAAGCACAUUUUUUUGUUUGUGUGUGUAGCAAAGGGUGGUGGUGUGGUGCUUGUUGUGGUUGGUGGUGGAGUGCGCAGGAUAAGCGGCAAAGUAAGGUUGUUGCAAUGGGGAAGGUUGUGUUGUUGUUUCUUUGCAUGGUAUUGGUGGUGGUGCCUUUGGCUUGUACUGAUUCAAUUCAGAAGCUUGAGGUUCAGAAGCACUUGAAGAACUUGAAUAGGCCUCCUGUUAGGUCCAUCAAGAGUCCUGAUGGAGAUGUUAUUGAUUGCAUCCAUGUUACACACCAGCCAGCUUUUGAUCACCCUGACCUCAAAAAUCACAAGAUUCAGAUGAAACCAAAUUUCCAUCCAGAAGGGCAUCCUUUUGGAGAAAGCAAAGUCUCUUCAAAUUCAAAGCCUAUUACUCAGCUGUGGCACCAAAAUGGGAGGUGCCCUGAAGGAACAAUUCCGGUCCGAAGGACGAAAAAGGAUGACAUAUUAAGAACAAGCUCUGUUCAGCAUUUUGGAAAGAAGAAGCAAAGUAGCUUCCCUCAGCCAAAACCUGCAAAACCUCUACCUGACAUCAUCAGUCAGAGUGGCCACCAGCAUGCCAUAGUGUAUGUGGAGGGAGAUAAGUAUUAUGGAGCCAAGGCAACCAUAAACGUUUGGGACCCAAAAAUUCAACAACCCAAUGAAUUUAGCCUUUCUCAAAUGUGGAUUUUGGGUGGCUCUUUUGGUCAAGAUCUCAACAGCAUUGAAGCAGGUUGGCAGGUCAGCCCUGAUUUGUAUGGAGACAACAACACUAGACUCUUCACUUAUUGGACAAGUGAUGCAUAUCAAGCUACUGGUUGUUAUAAUCUCCUUUGCUCUGGCUUUAUUCAAAUUAACAGUGAUAUAGCCCUGGGAGCAAGCAUCUCCCCACUUUCUAAGUAUAGCUCUUCCCAAUAUGAUAUCAGCAUCCUGGUCUGGAAGGACCCCAAAGAGGGUAACUGGUGGAUGCAGUUUGGUAAUGAUCAUGUUAUGGGAUACUGGCCGGCUCCUCUAUUCUCGUACCUCUCCGACAGUGCGUCAAUGAUUGAGUGGGGGGGAGAGGUCGUGAACUCCGAGUCCGACGGCCAACACACCUCGACUCAAAUGGGGAGUGGCCAUUUCCCUGAGGAAGGUUUUGGCAAGGCUAGUUACUUCAAGAACAUUCAGAUUGUUGAUGGUGACAACAAGCUUAGAGCUCCAAAAGACCUUGGCACUUACACUGAGCAAGAUAGCUGCUACAAUGUUCAAACUGGUAGUGCUGGAGAUUGGGGUAACUACUUCUACUAUGGUGGUCCUGGUAGAAAUCCAAAUUGCCCUUGAUCAUUCAUGUUAAUCAAACAAAAAAAGAAAAAAAAAACAACAAAAAAAACUAGGUGUUAUUUUCAUCUACUGUAGUUAUUUUAGUAACUUUGUGGUACCCCUUAGCUUUGUGGUGUAUAAUGAAGCUCCUAGUCUCUUUGAAGUCUCCAAAAAAUUGUUGGAGAAAAGGGGUGGUGGGUUUCUUUCUUAGAGUUACAAGAAACAAGUUUCUUCAUUGGUUUUCCCUGUUUAUAUUAUAUAUUAUAUAUAUUUGUUGUUUUUGUUUGCUCCUCUCUCUAGAGCUGUGAAGGUUGAGGUGUGAAUGUGAACAGAAUAUUCUAUUAUGGGACAAGGAAACUGUAUUUUUUUAUAUUUUGCUACCAUGUUUUGAUUAGUGAAAAGCUGUCUUAAUAAGGACAUUUGUUUA